UAGUCUUAUGGCAAAUUCUCUAGAGUAUUCCAGUGUGAGGAAAGCACACUAAGCUAAGCUAAGCUAAGCUAGCAAGGAUUUAGACACAUAAAGGCAGACUGUCUGUUUUUACCAAAAUGUGUGUUAAACUGGUUCCAUACCUGCUGUGAUCUUUGAGGGAAGACAGCCAAGGCAAGACUAAAAACGUAAAUAAAAACAUUUCCAUGCAUUUUUGCAAAAAUAUAUUUAUGGUUUUUUAAAGAAGAGGCGUCGAAGUUUUGGCCAAAACAAAAAAAAUUGUAAUCAUUUUUGGCUGCGUUCCAGAAUUCAGCCUCACUAGCAUCCGACCGGUUUAUCCAGACCUCCACACGUUGACAAUUCAUAAACCUGCAAGAUCAAAAGCACUGUCCUGUGAAAGCCCUCAUUUCAGGCUGUCAUAAAUACACUCUACAGCCCCGUAUCGGUCUUCUGAACAUAACGUUUAAACAUAACCUCACUGUCAGUGGUGGGAGGUCAUGUGAAGGAAAACGUUCAUUUAUUGUUAUAUCACACUGGGUUUGAUGUACGUUCCCAAAGCCCGGGACGUGAGGGUGUGAGUGUUGAAACUGUAUCUAAGUAUACCUCAAACAGCAAUCAAAACCCUUACAAAAGGAGUACGCAAAAUACAGGUUCCUCAGCGGUAUACUUCAUGUAUCGUAUGUAUUUCUGAGUAAAUUCAUGAGUAAUUUAAUUCAAACAUUUUUUCCUAUAAGAAACGUCCUUUCUGAGAAUAUUUCAUUUCUCUGAAAUACCAGUAUGUACAUUUUAGGGCGAGGCAUGGACGGGUGGUGUAUGGGUGUGUAGGUACUGGGUUUUAAUUAAUUAAUUAAUUAAUUAAUUACUUUAUCUAUCUAUCUAUCUAUCUUUAUUAUUCUUGGACCAUCUAUGUUAAAAAGGAUUUAUGGCAACUGCAGUAAAGCAAACAUAGAUAACACUAGAUGACUGUAGAAGAGAAGGAAGCCAAUACUUAAUCUGAGCAGAUCAUAUAAUAUGCUCUUUGAUCCGGAUGAAAUUUGUAGUGUACUGUUGUCCUGUCAGUACUUGUCAAAAUGGAAGAACUGUCCAGACACACUGUUCAGGCCUAGGCUGCUGAGUGGAAUUUUUUUAUAUAUCAUUUUUUUUCCCCUGGAGAAUCGAAUUUGCUUUCUGUUAGAUGGGUAGGAGUUUUUUUUUUUUUUUUUUAAUUAUUAUUGUUUAUUUCUUGAGCAAAAUCUAGAAACUGAAUGAACAGUCAGUAUAAUAGGUAAUGUGUAUAAGUAUUAGUGUAGUAUUUUGGAUAAACGCAGUGUUGUGAGUUUAUGGAAUGGAGUGUGAAUUCACUAGUAGACAAGCACAAGCGGUGUUUUUAUGUAUUGAGAACAGCUGUGUGAGUGGGGUGUUUUUUUUCUUUUAUCUGUUUGUGUGUAUUUAUGUGUUAUUUCCAGCUUGCUUCCUUAUUACUGUUUUGUGACUAGUCUGUCCUCACAAAAUUACACCAAAAUGUGGCAUCAAGAGCAACGCAAGAAAUACUCCAACUCAAACUUCAUCAUGCAGGAAACGUCUCAGUACCACGUGCAGCAUCUGUCCACAUUUGUAAUGGACAAGACUGAGUCAAUAACCACAGUAGAUGAUGCUGUAAGGAAACUCAUCCUUCUGGAGUCUAAAGGUAAAAUCUGGACCCAAGAGAUGCUGCUGCAGGUCAGCGACAAAGCCCUCAAGCUCCUAGACUGCGACACACAGGAGGAGCUGGAGAACUUCCCUCUCUCUACAGUCCAACACAGUCAGACAGUGCUAAAUAAGACACGGUACCCAUCUGUCCUUCUGUUGGUCUGUCAGGACAACGAGCAGCACCGACCAGACAUUCACUUCUUCUAUUGCGAUGAGGUGGAGGCGGAAAUAGUGCACGCUGAUAUCGAUAGUGCUUUGGGAGACAAUAAAAACGGCAAGAAGAUGAGACCUCAGACACUAAAGGCGAACCAGGAAAAAAUGAAGCGGCAUCGGGAGACGAUCAUCCCACCCUCAGAGUCGAGAGAUUUCUCCCCUGGGAUCAAAGGCCGUGUGGCAGCUAUGGACAUGCAAAAUGUUGAAAGGCGAAGUUCACUACCGCAGGACACAGAAUCCCAUGAGAAAUUAGUCCAGCGCAUUGAGAAGGAAGUGCAAAUCCUGAACUGUGCUCUGGAUGACAUUGAGAUCUUUGUGGCUCGGCUGCAAAAAGCCGCAGAAGCCUUUGCCCAGCUCAACCAGCGUAACAAGAACAGAAAAAAUAAGAAAAGAGGACCAGCAGAGGGGAUGUUAACACUAAGAGCUAAACCUCCAUCUGAGGCAGAGUUCAUUGACAGUCUCCAGAAAAUGAAGCUCUCCUUCAACCUGCUAGCCAAACUGAAGAAGCACAUUCAGAAUCCUAAUGCUGCAGAACUCAUUCACUUCCUUUUUGGACCCCUUGAGAUGGUCUUGCAGAAUUGUGGGACUCCUGAACUGCCUCGUUCAGUUAUCUCUCCUCACCUGUCUCGUGAAGCGGUGGAUUUUCUGAGAGGACACCUGACUCCUAAAGAGAUGACGCUUUUUGAACGGCUGGGGGAAGGCUGGACAAGACCCAGAGCUGAUUGGCCCAGGGAACAGUGUGCUCCUCUCUACAUCCCACAUUUCCGCAAUGGCUGGGAACCUCCAGUGGAACUGUUUCGCAUGUCACCGUGGGAAACCGAAUGCUCCGAUGCGUCCUCCAUGUCUUCAGAAGAAUUUUUUGGCUCACAGUCCUCACUGUCAUCAAAUGGGUCCUUCAAAGCAGCUUCCUCUGCCCGGAAAUAUGUCAAGGUCCUCUACAGCUUUGUGGCUCACAAUGUCAAUGAGCUCUCUGUUCUUCAGGAUGAGAUUUUAGAGGUCAUUGAGAGUAAUAAUCAGUGGUGGAAGCUGAAGAACAGGAGUGGACAAGUGGGGUUAGUGCCGUCCAACACACUAGAGGAUCUUCACAGUGUGGACCCAAUGUACAGCCAGUCAUUUGUAGGUAGAUCUCCAUCGAGUCCUCUGGGGAGAGGAAACAGUUUUGAAAAACCAAGAACACCAUGGGAUAAAGAUUACCCCUAUCAACAGAUGGAUGAAGUGACUGAUGAGCUGCUGAAAAAGAUCACCUCCAGUAAGACCCAACCGCAAGCACGCAACUUCAGAGUGGAGCGCAACUCUGCUCCUGCCAUUCCCCUCACAUUCGAUUCAUCCCCUGCAGAAGUCACCGCCUGGCUCCAAUCCAAGUACUUCUCCAAGCCGACGGUGGACUGUUUGGGAAUUCUGAGUGGUGCUCAGUUGUUUUCCCUGAAUAAGGAAGAACUGAAGGCAGUAUGUGGACAUGAAGGCUCACGUGUCUUCAGCCAGAUCACUGUGCAAAAAUCCCAGCUAGAGACGAGCCGAGGAGACUCGGAGCUGCAGGAGAUCAUGAGAAAACAGAAGGAGAAAAUCGCCUCUGCGUCCAAAUGAUUGUGCUCUUUUUUUUUUUUUUUUUUUUAAUAUGAAUCAAUCAAUCAGCAAGGCAAUCUGGCUUCUGUAACAUUAAUGACUUAUAAUAACAAUAAAUGGAGAACGUGGGUGAAUUUCAGAAAUGCUUUUGACAAAGUGCACAACCCUGCGUUAUCUUUAUUAUAUCUCCUGUUAUACAUUCAUAUAAGCAAUAUGACCAUAUGCUAAGCUUGUAUACAUUUAGUUUGUCUAUUUAUUUUGUUUUUAGAUAGGCCUCUGUUUUAAUUACUUCAUAACAUUUUUUUUUUCUUAAUGCUUGUUUAUUACAGGGAAAAUAUUAAGCUUUGCUUCUGUAUAUUAUCUGUGUAUGAGAGCAUCCAGAGACAGAAUUUGUCAACACUGGAGUCCAUGUAUGUGCUUCAGUCUGCAGUGUAUGUUCCUUUCACCACACUUAAAUGCCAUUAUAAAUCUGGAUAUUUGUUUUUCAAAGGCUACUUAUUUGUAAAUGUACAGUAAAUAAUCCUUUCUGCAGAUGCAAUGUUCAAAUGCUGAUUUUUGUCAUGAAAGAAUGAUGCAGGGUUAGCAUUGACACCUCACUGCUCCAGGGGCCCAGUUUUGGUCCUGAGCUCUGUGCCGCAUUUCAGAUGUUCUUCCCAGGUUUACUCAACAUUCCCCUGUUUCCUCCCACUUCCCAAAAAAAAAAAACCCAUGCCAGUAGGUUGAUUGGCUGCACUAAAUUGCCCCUAGGUGUGAAUGAGUGUAGAAAUGUGUACGCAUGGUGUCCCGUCUAGAGUAUAUUCCCUCCUUGUGCCCAGUGUUCCUAGGAUGGGAUCCAUCCUGACCCUCAUAAGGAGGUUAAUGAAGAUGAAUGAUGAAUGUACAAUGAUGCAGGAAGAUAAUAAAUUCAGCUGACAAAUCACA